AUGUUGUGGCGUGGCACGAACGGAUUGAAAUCCCUCGCACUUCUCGCAUUGCUCGGCUUGCUGCUGGAAGCGGCACCCGCAGCAUCGGCCGCCGAACUCGCGGCGAAUCUCCGCCCUGAGACUCCAGGCCUCGGCGAUCCGGGUGCCUUGGUCGAAUUGCAGAUUUCGGCCGGAGAGCCGGGCUCGGCCGCGAUUUCGCUGCUCGGCCGCGAUGCACGACGCCAGGUUGUCGUUACCGGCAACUACGCCACGGGGCAACUGCGAGAUCUCACACGGGAUGUUACCUUCACGGUUGAACCCGCCGGAGUAGUCUCGAUCGACUCCACCGGGCUGCUAACUCCUACGGGCGAUGGCACGGCACAACUCACGGCCACCACCUCCGACGGCAUUGCAUCCAAAAUCGCGGUCCACGUCGAAGGCUUCAGCGAGAAGACCCCGAUCAACUUUGCGAACCAAAUUACCCCCAUCUUCACCAAGCUCAGUUGCAACAGCGGCGGGUGUCACGGAAAGGCCAGCGGCCAAAACGGCUUCAAGCUUUCGUUGCUAGGCUUCGAACCACAAGAAGACUACGAGUACUUGGUGAAAGAAGCCCAGGGCCGCCGUCUCUUUCCUGCGGCGCCAGAACGGAGCCUACUGCUGACCAAGGCCGUGAACGCCACGCCGCACGGCGGAGGACAACGGCUCGAAGUCGACUCCCACGAAUAUCGCCUGCUCUACCGCUGGAUCUCCCAGGGUAUGGAAUACGGUACCGAGGAUGAUCCGGUGGUCACCUCCAUCGAGGUCUUCCCCAAAGGUCGGCUGAUGGAGCGCCACGCCGAUCAGCAACUCGUCGUGCUUGCCCGAUACUCCGAUGGUUCGAUUGAAGAUGUCACUCGCUCGGCUUUGUACGAACCAAACGACCCUGAAAUGGCCGAGACCAAUGUGACCGGACUGGUGACUACCACCGAUCUGUCAGGCGAUGUCGCGAUUAUGGCCCGCUAUCAAGGCCACGUCGGCGUGUUCCGGGCCUCGAUUCCGCUGGGCGUCGAAACGCCUUCGCUGCCCGAGCCGGCGAACUUCAUCGACGAACACAUCUUCGCGAAGCUCAACUCGCUGGGCAUUCCGCCAUCGCAGCCCUGCGACGACGCCACUUUUAUCCGCCGAGUCACAAUCGAUCUCGCCGGCCGGCUGCCCACCCCUGAGGAAGCGGCCGCCUUCAUGGCCGACGGAUCUCCCGACAAGCGUGAUAUCUUAAUCAAUCAAUUGCUGGCCUCCGGCGACUACGCCGACUAUUUCGCUCGCAAGUGGAGCGCCGUUCUCCGGAACAAGCGUUCGAAUGCCAACUACAAACACGGCACCUACGCGUUCCACUCCUGGAUUCGCAACAGCCUCUAUACAAAUAAGCCCUACGACGAGUUCGUGGGCGAAAUUGUGGCCGCCAGCGGCGAGGUCGCUCAGCAUCCGCCGGUGGUUUGGUAUCGCGAAGUGAAAGAUGCCUCACAGCAGGUUGAAGACACCGCACAGCUUUUCCUGGGCCUACGAAUUCAAUGUGCCCGCUGUCAUCACCAUCCCUUUGAGAAGUGGAGUCAGGACGAUUACUACCACUUCGAAGCGUUCUUCUCUCGCGUGGGCCGUAAGCCCGGUAAACAAGCUGACGAAGAGCGGAUUUACCACAAGCGGGGCACGGCGAAAGCCAAAAAUCCGCGCUCGGGCGAGCAACUCUCCCCCGCUGGGCUUGGUGAUGAAGUGUUGGAGUUGGACCCCAAUGCCGAUCCUCGUCAGGCGUUAGUUGCCUGGAUGACCGACCCGGAGAACCCCUUCUUCGCUAAGGCACUAGCCAAUCGGUACUGGAAACACUUUUUUGACCGCGGACUGGUCGAUCCCGAAGACGAUAUGCGGGUGACCAACCCGGCAUCAAACCCCGAGUUGCUUGAUGCUCUCUCGCAGCACUUUAUCGACAGCGGGUUUGAUCUGAAGGAAUUGGUUCGCACUAUCUGCCGUUCGCAAACCUACCAGCUCAGCUCAGAGCCGAACGAGUACAACCUGACCGACAAGCAGAACUACUCGCGGUUUUACCCCCGCCGGCUACAGGCUGAGGUGCUGCUCGAUGCACUGAAUCAGGUGACCAAUUCAUCGACCAGUUUCAGUGGCUUGCCCCCGGGUACCCGUGCGGUCCAGCUUCCCGACGAAGGGGUGAACAACUACUUCCUGAACGUGUUCGGUAGCCCCCAGUCCGAUACCGCCUGCGAGUGCGAGCGUUCGCAGGAGGCCAACUUGGCGCAAAGCCUGCACCUGCUGAACUCCAGCGAAGUGCAAGGCAAACUGUCGGCCGACACGAGCCUUGCCGCUCAACUGGCGGCCAAGGAAGACAUGCCGCACGCCGAACGUAUUGGUGAGCUUUACCAACGCGUUUAUUCACGUGCCCCCAUGAACGACGAACUCUCCGUGGCGACUGCGCACAUCGAAAAGACCGAGAACAAACGACAAGCCUACGAAGAUAUUCUCUGGGCCUUGGUCAACACCAAAGUUCUUUAUUCAGCACUUGAUUCGGGCUCGUCGGCAUUUCAGACGAAUCGCGAAUCGCUUCUCAAGCAACUUGAAGAGCUGGACAAGUUGCUGGCUCGAACGCGCGAGGGGGGUGGCGAGAAAUACGUCGCCAAACAUCGCGAGCGCGGAAAGCUACUGCCACGCGAACGGAUUGAACUUACGCUCGAUCGCGACUCGCCGUUUCUGGAGUUAUCGCCUUACGCAGCAGCCGGCACCGAUUAUCGCGUGGGGGCUUCAGGCUGUGGCGGCAUCGGGCUCGUCUCAGGCAUCGAGUGCAUGCUCUCGGCUAACGACCCCACCGUGCGUGGAGGCGCGGUAAACCCCUACACGCUGAAGAAGUCGCUGCGGGGAAUGGAAAUCUGCAAGCAGAAUCGUUUGCCGCUGAUUUUCAUGGUCGAGUCGGGUGGAGCCGACUUGCCGAAGCAGUCGGAAAUCUUCGUCCCCGGUGGGGCCAUCUUCCGCGACCUCACGCAGCUUUCCGCUGCAGGCAUUCCGACAAUCGCGCUGGUGUUCGGUAACUCCACCGCCGGCGGUGCCUACAACCCGGCCAUGUGCGACCACGCGAUCUUCGUCAAAGGAAAAGCCAAAGUGUUCCUUGGUGGUCCACCGCUGGUGAAGAUGGCCACCGGCGAAGAGUCGACUGAUGAGGAAUUGGGCGGUGCCGAAAUGCAUGCCCGCGUUUCGGGUUUGGCCGAUGAACUCGCCGCCGACGAACUUGAUGCCAUCCGCUUGGGUCGCAAAGUGGUGGCCAACUUGAAUUGGCAAAAGCUUGGCCCGCCGCCGGCCCCUAACUACUCAGAGCCACAGUACGAUCCCGAAGAACUUCUCGGCCUCGCUCCGGCCGACUUGAAAGUGCCCGUCGAUGUACGGGAGAUUGUUGCCCGUGUGGUUGAUGGCUCGCGGUUCGAUGAAUUCAAACCGAUGUACGGCACCAGCCUGAUGACCGGCUGGGCCUCGAUUCACGGUUACCCCGUCGGCAUUCUGGCCAACCAGCAGGGCGUGCUCUUCUCGGAAGAAGCCCAGAAGGCCACGCAGUUCAUUCAGUUGGCCAACCGCUACAACACGUCGCUCGUCUUCGUGCACAACGUCACGGGUUUUAUGGUCGGCCGCGAAUACGAGCAGCGCGGCAUCAUCAAACACGGGGCGAUGAUGAUCAACGCGGUCUCCAACAGCACGGUGCCGCAUAUUUCGUUGCAGAUAGGGGCUUCCUACGGUGCCGGCAACUACGGCAUGUGCGGUAGGGCCUACAAUCCUCGCUUCGUGUUCACCUGGCCCAACAGCAAAACCGCGGUGAUGGGCCCUCAACAGUUGGCUGGCGUCAUGUCGCUGGUCACCCGUGCGGCGGCCGAAGCCAAGGGCAUCCCCUUCGACGAAGAGGCCGAUGCCAUGAAGCGGCAGUUCGUCGAAGCCCAAAUCGAAAGCGAAUCGCUGGCGGUCUUCACCAGCUCGAUGCUGUACGACGAUGGCAUUAUCGACCCGCGGGAUACACGCACGGUGCUGGGCAUGGCGCUCUCGGCGGCUCACUCUGCCGAAGUCAAAGGAACAGAACAACUCGGCGUCUUUCGGAUGUAA